UAGACGAAAAAUCCAGGCGACGGGUCCAGAAGUAGAAACAGUUCGCGAAAGUGUUCUGUUUAGGCGCUGCUUACAGGCUGGAGAACGUCAGGUCCUGCCUCCCCAGGAGCAAAAGCAUCAGUUGAAGGAGGAAGUUACAGGAUUUAGUAUCAGCAUUUCGGAGGACACGCUUGACUGAAGACGUUUCAAAACAGAAAUUCAGAGCAGAUCCAGAAGACACAAGGACAGAGCCUGCCCAUUGCCAGGUAUUUUCGGAGAACGGAAGAAAAUGAUCCAGGCCCAGGAAUCCCUGACAUUUGGUGAUGUGGCCGUGGACUUCACGUGGGAGGAGUGGCAGCUCCUGGUUCCUGCCCAGAAGGCCCUGUACCGGGACGUGAUGCUGGAGAACUACAGCCACCUGGUGUCCGUGGGUUAUCAAGCCAGCGCCCCAGGUGUACUUUCCAAGUUGGACCAAGUACGACCAUGGAUGAUGGAAGACGAAGUCCACUGCCGAGCCAGUUCAGGUGUGGCUUCUGCAUAAGUGACUCAUCUUGUGGCAGCUCUCCUGAGUUCCUGGUGACUGUCGGGGCCUCGGAUCAUCUUCCCUCCCGGGAAACCCAUAAUCAUAACUUUUUCCUGCUUCAAAUUAAUUCCUUGGUGUAUUUGCUGAUUUUGAACUUUCUUCUCUUUUGUUGUAGACAUUACCAUUGUAUUCACAUCCUUAAAAUUCUCAUUUUUCUUCCUGUUGUAUUCUGAUGACAUUUAGCCCCAGCUAACCAUGUUACCUUUCAAUUAAAGUUCUUGUUUCCAUGACUUCUAUGAUGUGAUAUGGUCUUGCUCACCAAGAUAUGGAUUUCCAUUUUAUUUCCUAAAUUCUCCCCGCUGUGUUCCACACAUGUAAUUGUUUCUUUGAUUCAUUCCUUACAUUGUUUGAUAGCCUGGUAUAUGCCGGAGUAAGGACAGUCAAAAAAAAGCAUACAGACUGAUCAUGAGCUUUCAGUCUAACAGAAGAGAGUCAAGAAAUUAAUCAACGGACUCACAGACAUAGAAAACAA